UUUUUGUUUUAUUAAAGUAUUUAAUAUUCUUUUAUCUAAUUAAGAAUAUUAAAAAAAUCUGUUUCUGUUUUAGUCAUUCUUUUUUCCCAAUAUGGCAGCGUCUCGUGCGCGCCAUAGCCAGAUUCCCUUUACCCCUUUCUACUUUUAUCCUUUUUUACUAUCCUCGUUGUAAAAUUCUUUGGUAAAAUUUUUUUGUAAAAUAAUUCUAGCAAAAAAAAAGCAAAAUAUUUAUUGAAUAUUUAUUCUGAACAGAUGUUAACGCCAACAAAAUCUAUCAAAAGUGAAGAUGUUGAAAAUGUCAAGGAGAAAAUUGAUCCUGGAAAUCCUCAUUGGGAGUUUCUUUCCAUGAUCCGCGUCUACCAAUCUCAACUUGUCUAUCGUCCUCUACGAAUUACAGAUCCGGUUUUAGACAACCGAAUUUGUGUCUGUGUUCGCAAAAGACCAUUAAGUAAAAAAGAAUUGACUGGUAAAGAAGUGGAGGUGGUUACUAUUCCAAGCAAGGAUCGUGUUAUUGUGCACCAACCUCAAACAAAAGUCGAUUUAACAAAAUAUCUGGUUAAUCAACAAUUUAAAUUUGACUACACGUUCAAUGAAAAUUCUUCAAAUGAAUUGGUUUACAAAUUUAGUGCACAGCCUCUUGUUAGGACUAUUUUUCAACGAGGUUUUGCUACUUGUUUUGCAUAUGGUCAAACAGGCUCUGGAAAGACACAUACAAUGGGUGGUAUAAUUGAAGGGAAACAUCUAGAUUGUAGUGCUGGCAUUUAUGCAAUGACUGCUAAUGAUGUUUUUGCUUUAUUACAUUCGCCUGAAUAUAAAAAUGAAUGUUUAAUGGUUGCUUGCAGUUUCUUUGAAAUCUACGGGGCAAUGGUUUAUGUUCGUGCUGUGGGUCCUGAGCAGUUUACUGACAGAUCUUUUAUUAGGAAGAUUGUUUUUCGUCUGCAUGAAAGUUUUACGAAUCCUGAGAGAGAAGUAUCGAAUCCUCCAUUUGAAGUAUCUGAAUGUGGUUUUGGUUCAUUUGAUAUGGUUAUUACCAUUUAUUUUGCUGGUCAGAAGAAAAGUUACAAAAUUAACUACAACCUUGAUCUUCUUUUAGGAAGUGAUCAUAAGAAUGAAGCCGAAUACAAAAUUGAAGUAAUUAAUCCAAGCCCCGAAUUCGCAUCUUUAGUACCAAAAUAUUGCCGGCCACAAACCAAACAAAAAUUGCCUUCUCGGCCAUCGCCUGCACUUUUUCCUUCUAAUCCUGAUAAUUGUACAGUUACGAAACAAUCAAAAAGUAGUACAAAUAAAGAGAUUUCAACUGCAAAAUCUUCAAAAAGUAAAGACGAAAAAAAGGAACACAAACAUCAAUCUUCAUCAAAAAAUUCUCUAAAAAUUUCAAAAAAGGAUGUGGAAGUAAAAAAUGAAGAAAAUUCUCCGAUUAAACAAUUAAAAAAGGAAGAAGGAAAAGAAUUGGAUGGAAAAGAAAAAAAUUUAAUAAUUGAAGGAAGUAACAAAAAGAAGAAGACUACCCCAGUUACUGCCCCUAAAAAGAGAAUACAAGCAAGUACUGAUUGCGAGUCUGAUUCUGCUAUACGUGAUCUUUUUGAAGCGAAUUUGCCAUCAACUAGCAAAGAUUCUUCCCAAAAAGAGGAAAAAACUAAAGAAAUUAUAGAAAAGAAUAUCGUUAAAACAUCCAAGGAUGGAGUUAUUCCAAACUCUUCUGAAGAUAAAAAAGAUAAAGUUAAAAAGGAUAAAGUCAAAAAAGAUAAAGAAGGAAAGAAGGAAGAAAAACAAAAUAGCAAAAAGAAGGAAAAUGAAAAUAAAUUAAUUAUUGAAAACGAGAAGGAAAGGCAUAUUAAUUCACCAAAGAAAGUUUUGACAGAAAAACCCAAAGGAAAUGGAGAAGAGGUGAAGAAAGUAAAAAUUGAGGAGACAAUUUUAUCUAAAAGAGAUAAAGAAGAAAAAAAGUCUUCAAAAGAGGAAAAGAAAAAUGAGGUGAAUGAAGAAAAGGAAAAGAAGAAAGAAAAUAAAAACGAGAAAAUAAAAAUAAAAAUUUCUGAAAUUGAUCAUAAAAUAAAUGAAAAAAUAAACAUCAAAAUAAAUAUCAAUAAACAUCAAUCUAAUAAUGAAAAGGAUAAAAAACAAAAAAAUAAUAAUAUUGAAGUGGCUAAUGAAAAGGGGGAAGAAUUAUUGAAGGAAAAGAAGGAGGAAAUAAAUAAAGAAAAGGAACUGAAGAGAAAGAAGAAGGAGGAAUUGAAGAAAGAUAACGAUGAGAACCCAGAAAAACGAAUUAAAACAGAAAAGAAGAAAAAAGACAAAGAAAAUGAUAAAAAGAAGGAAGAAAAAUUGGAUGAUGUUGAUUCAUUCAAAAUUAAUAAAAUAUCUGAGAAGAAAGCAAAUAUAGAAAAUUUUGUACAAAAACAAAGUGAUGAAAUUGGAGGAAUAGAAGAAAUUAAAAAAUCUGAAAGUGAAAAGCCGAACUCUAGCAAAGAUAAAUUAACUAUAGAAGAACCUAAAAAGCAAAUAUUGUCUCCAAAAUUGUUAAAAAUUAAACAAACUGCAAAACAAACACCUCCUACAGCAAAUGAGAAAAUAACCGAGAGAGCUAUUUCGCCUAGGUAUUUUUAA